AUGUCUCAUCCUAGACAACCAUCAUAUGAGGUAGAAGGGGAUAAGGCACCUGCUUUUGAAACUUUUGACUUAAAAGCACAUAAGCAAAACAGAGGAAUUACUUGGUAAUUUCGUAGUCAAAGGUAAUAAACUAAUGUAAAAAUUAAUAAUACAGAAGUCAAUAAAUUAAAAAAAAAAUAACAUAAGGUACUUGUAUUUAUUGAAAAAUUAAAAAAAAACUUAAAUCUAAGAAAUAAAUAAUUUAAAAUUAUUAACUCAUUACUUUUUUCUCCUUUAAACAUUGGAAAAACAGUCUAUAAGAGUUCAGUUUAGCCUUCAUUAUAUGUAGUUUGGAAUUUAAUUAUUUUUUUUUUUUGUACUUUACUAUUAAUUGUAUCUCCAGUCGAAUACAUCUAUUAAUAAAAUAGCUACUAAAAUUAUUUAUUUGCUAUCAUGAUUAUUCUAGUAAUUUUAGAUUAGAUUUAUAAAUAUACAUCUCAACUUUAUGAAGAGGAAUAGUUGGAAAAUAAUAAAUAAUUUCUUGAAUUUAUUUUUGGAUCAACAAAUAUUUUGAUAGAUACAUCUUGCAUUAUUUUACUUUCAGUAUUAAUACUAUCUGAGAAUGAAAUUAUUAAGAUAAUCAGUUUAUUUAUAAUAAAAUUUGUAAUUUUUAAGAAGAUAAUGCUUACAUUUAAUAAGAGAAUUUAUUAUGAAUUAAGUGAUUUAAAAAUCUAAACGAUUUCAAUCUUGCUAACAUGUCACUUUUUUACUUGUAUCAAUUUACGUUAAACAUUUAUAAUAAAUUAAAAAGUAGCAGAAGUUUAAGAAAUACUAGGUUAGUAUUUGAUUAUUUAUCUUAAUUAUGUUCUUUAAUUCGGAAAUAUAUAAUUAAACACCGAAGAUGACACAUUAUAAAAUUAAAUAUUCAAUAGAUGUACAACAUUGAUUCUUUUGUUUUACAAAAUAUUGAUCUUAAAACUCAUAAUAUUAAAUUCUCUUGAUUUUUUCUAAGAUUUCAAGAAGCUUAAAGAUUUAAGAUUGCUUUAAAAGUUUCUAUACAAAUAAAAAGUUUCUUAAAAGUUAAAAGAUUAAAUUUCAAUAAAGUUAGAAAAAAUUAUAUUUUAAACUUAAAAUUAUAAAAACAUUGAGAAUUAUUUUGAAUAAUGCUUAGAAAAAGAAUCAAUAUUUUAAGAAUUUAAGGAAUAAAAGUUAGUAAACUUUGUAAAUUAAUUUUCAAUAUUUUCUAAAUUUUCUAAAUUAACUAAAUAAUAAAUAGCUUAAAAUUUGUCUCCAAUAAUCUUAAAUGUAAAUGAUAAAUUAGUAUGCAAUUAAUUUGGUGAUUAAUAUAAUAUAUAUCUUAUAUAUUAGGGUAAAGUAGCUCAAGGACUUUCAGAGAAAAUAUCAGAAUUUUAAAAAAGCUUUAAGGGAUAAUGUUUUGGUUAAUAUUCUUUUUUUACAGGCUAAGAAUAAAAAAAUUAAAUAACAAGUUUAGAUUACUGUCUCCUUUAUAAAUUAAGUAGAGAUACAUUUCUAAAGAUUAUAUCAUCUAAUAUUUAAGAUUUAGUAUUAUUAUUUCAUUUAUAUAAGGAAAUUGCUACCUUUAUUAAGGAUUAAGUUUUAUUUAAUAACAAUUAUUAAAUAAUAGACUCAUUUUGCCUAUAUUGUUAAGAAAAAGCCCAUUUAAUUAUUAAUUGCCCUAAAAUUCACUUAACAUAAAACAAUGUUGGUUUUUAUGAUAAAUAUCUUUAUUCUCCCUAUUAAUUUAGAAAGUCAUGUAAUAAUUAAUUAAUAUUGAAUAGAUAAUAGAAGAAUCAAAAAAAAUUAAGAUUAUAAACGAAAUCAUUUUAAAUAAUUAAUUGAGAAUAAAAUUAAACUUUAUUCAAUUUAAGAAAGCUCCUCUGAUAUGGAUUAGCUAUCCCUUAGCAAUAAUGAGUUAAACAUAGAAAACAAAGAAACAAAAUAUCAAGGAGAUUCUUGUAAUAAUUUGUUGAAUGAAAUCAAUAAUGAAAAUUUUAUAUAAAACAGUUAAAAAGAUUAACAGUAUCAAGAUAUAAUUUCAUUAAAUUAAUCCUAAUAACAACAACAAAAAGUUUAAUCUAAAAGUUUUUUUGAUUAGAAAAUUUCAAAUAUAAUGAAUAAGGCUCAUUCUUUAAAUUUAAUACCUUCAUUAUCAAGUAAUGCAAGUCCUAUUGUAAAGAUAUAGAAUCCAAGUUUGCCAACUAUUACUGAAUUUUUAAAUUUAGUUAGUCAUGUAAAUAUUGUUGAUAUCAAAAUAUAUUAGAAUCCAUACAUGGAAAAUAUUUAUAAAAUAGAUUUAGAUAGAAUAUAAGACUUCAAAAUUUAUUAUCCUGAAUACAAUAUUUUUGUGGUGCUGUUUAAGUAAAUUAUAUGAAAUAUUUUUGUUAGAUUGAAGAGAAGUUUAAGAAGAAAUUAGGAAUAAAAAAGUAAACUCACAAUUAAUUAAAGUUUAGCAUUAAAAAUAGGUAAGAUUAUUUAAAAGAGCGAUAAAAUUAGGAAAUUAUGA